AUGGACCAACAAGACAUGUCUGAAAGCUCCUCAGGUCAAAACACAAGCGAUCAGGAGACUUGUCCAUCUAAUUCAUCCCACAGCUCCUAUCUGAGUGAGACACACACCCUGUGGGCUCUCUCCAGGAACAGAACACUAUAUUCUCAUUCGGAUUCUGGAAUAUCAUCCCUGCUUCCAUCAGAUUCUUUUAAGUACCUCACUUGGCACAAAGUAGAACAAAAUGACAUCCAAGGAAGCCAACUGCGUUGCCCACGAGUAAGAGAAGGACCCUCUGCCGAAGAGCUGCUCUUCAGAGAGGAGGAAUGUACUUUGCCUUCACAGAAAAUAGUCCUUGAAAAAAACAAAUGGGAAACGUGGCUGCAGGAAAACUGGGAGGACUGCACGAAUUUGAACCUUUCAUUUCAGGAUUUGGGGGACCCUUAUCAAGUUGAAAAUUUUAACAGGAUUCUUAGAAGACUAAUUCGAGUUGAAACCCUCUGGUUAGUGGACAAUUCACUGGUGGAUUUAAGUGCCUUAAGAUUGCCAAGUUGCAGAGUUUUAAACAUGAACAAAAAUCAUCUCACAUCUUUCAAGCAAUUGCCAAAGAUACCUCAGAUACAGCAUUUAUCCUUGGCUGACAACCAUAUUGAGACUCUGACUGGGCUGUCCAGUUUACGGUGCACGCCACUGGAAUCCCUUAUGCUCAAGAGGAACCCUUGUGAAUUUCACCGAAACUACCGAAAACGAUCCUCCAAUAAGAAGACAGCACAGUUCAAAAGAGAAAGGACUCAAUGGUAG